UCUCAUUCAUGAUUAAAUGCCAGUCGUUUUAAGCCUGUGUUGAGUGAUCUAAUAGUUAAAACGUAAAACAAAAACAGUUGCAUCAAUUUUUUUAUAUUUUCUUGUAUGAGAAUAAAUAUGGACAGCUAUUUUUAGUAUCUGCUGCGUCCACCGACAUGGCUAGCGGUCCAACAAAAGUUCUGACCCGCGAUUCCACUGGCGGGGUCGUACUUAUGGUCAACGUUGGUGGAUCAAGCAAGUCCUUCAGGCACAGAAAAGGAGCGGAGAAAGAUUUUGAUAAACUCCAUGAAGUGAUGGUGGAAACACUGGGCCUCACUUUGAUAAACACAGAAGUGAAUCGCGAUUUGUGUAUCGCUGACUGGGACCAUUCAUAUGACGAAAGGGAGGAAAAGCCAGGACAUCCUCCUGAGAAUUGUAGAUGUAUACGAUGUACGAUCGCAAGCUUUGACUUUUCUGAAUCGAAGUGCUUUGUGUUUGCAAUCGGUUCACACGGCUACCUUAAAAACGGACGGCUGAUGGUGCAGUUCCUUGAUAAAACAAAAAGGGUGGAUGUAUCCGUUAAUGAGAUGAUAGACGCCCUCAGUGACAAAAACUGCCCAAGCCUUAAAGAUAUUCCCCGGGUUGUGGUCGUACAAGCGUGCAGGGGUGACAAGGAGGAUGAUGGAAUAGAAGUGAUACAGAGUGAAACAACCGAUCAUGCAUCGGGAUCAGCAGACACAAGCAACCUCGAUGUUGUGCAAGAGCCGAUGGACACUUCCGAAGAGGGGCUUCAGGGAACUGAAGGAGGGGCCGAAAUAUCGUCGGUUGAGGCUAACUUGAACCUCCCGGAGAACUUUCUCGUCGUCUUCACCACCACCCCGGGUCGAGUGUCUAAAACAAAUAUGGCCGACGGGUCAUGGUUUGAGGAUGCCUUAUUCGAUGAGGUCAAAAAACAUGAUUUCAACGAAGAGCCGAGUCUGAACUUUCUUCACUUGCUCACAAGAGUAUUUGACACCGUGUCUAGGCGCGAAUCGAACUCCUCUAACCCGGCUUGGAAUGCGAAAAAGAACGUCCCCUGUCUCCAACAUACACUACUGGCGCCUCUUAUUUUUACAAAGCCAGAGAGCUUCCUCUCCGACGUGCCAUACCCGAGUUAAAGUGACACUUUUAUUCAAAACCAAUACAUACAUAUGUAUAACAAAUAUAAUGUUUGAGUGAUAAACCUU